AGGGGGUAGAUAUUCGGUUGAUUUGGGUAACCUCCAACGCAAUCCGAGGAACGAGAUUGGGAGGAAGAAAUCCCGCAAAGGUAAAGAACUUGCCGGUUCUUCAUCUCAAAGCCGAGAUGAUUUUGAAAUGGGUUACCAAAGGCGAGAUGGAGAUGCGAUGUCCGAAGAACAACUCCAACAAGAAUUGGCCCGACAUAAUAACCGCUUUCUACAACAACAACAAAUGCCGACGACCAUUGACGAAGAGGAGCUUGAGGAUGAAGAUGCGGAGGAAUUGGAACCGGAGACGGCCGAGGAGGAGGGUGCCGGCAGCCACGACGCCGACGCGCCUGCCUCAUCCCAAACCGCCACCGGUAAUAAAAAAAAGUAAGUCUGAACUAUUGAAAAAUAAUUUUGAUAAAUGGAAGGACCCACAAACCGGCUAUUGGCACGCAACUUGCAAGUGGUGCAACAACAAUUAUAGUUUGGGAACCUCCGGCGGAUACGGAUCCGCCGAAAGGCAUCUUAAGGCAAAGCACCCCGUGGAGUGUGCAAAAUUAGGCGGCGGAACGGGGAAGCAAACUCAAAUAUCGAGGUUUGCGAAUUCUCAACCUUUUGGUAAUUUCUCCUACAAUGAUGCACAAAAUUUGACUGGUAUGGCUAACUUAAUUUGUGAAGAAAAUUUGCCUUAUUUGUUUUCUGAAAGUCUUGCUUUAAGAGAUUAUGCACAAGGUAGUUUAAAUCCUCAAUUUAGAAAUUAUAGUCGCAAAACUAUUAAGAAAGAAAUAAUAAGGCUUUAUAAUGCGGAAAAGGAAAGGUUACAAAAUUUUUUUGCAAACUUUGAUGGGCGUGUUACUAUUUGUUCUGACAUAUGGGAGGAUGAUUUUCAUCAUUUAUAUUAUUUGGGUCUGACUGCACAUUAUAUUGAUGAGGAUUGGAAUAUGCAUAAACGUGUUCUUGCUUUUCGCGAAUUUAAUGAUCGUCACACCGCUGAACAUAUUUAUAUUUUGAUUGAGCGUAUUUUAAUUGAGUAUAAUUUGAUUGAUAAGGUGUUUGCUAUUGGUUUCGAUAAUGCUACUAAUAAUACUGCUGCUAUACCUAGAUUGCGUGAGUUGUGUGGUGCCAAUUCUUUGAUGGGUAGAUUUUUUCAUCAACGCUGUGCAUGUCAUGUUAUAAAUUUAUGUGUGCAAGACGGUUUAAAAGCGUUAGGAGAUUCCAUGGAGGUAAUAAAGGGGGGGAUUAGACGUAUUUGGGGUAAUGGUCAACUUAGAUUAAAAUGGCAAAGUUAUUUGACUGAAAGAGGUGUGAGAUAUGUUGCUUUUCCUAAAGAUUUGAGUAUUCGUUGGAAUAGUACUUAUAAAUUACUUAAAGUUGUUCUUAGAUAUAAAGAACAUUUUCCUGCUUUUUUAAAAGAACAUGAUAACUAUAUUAUAAACGCGGCUGAGAUCGACACUUGCGAAAAAAUUUGUAAUGUUUUGAUAUAUUUUUUUAAUGCUACUGAAACUUUUAGUCAUGUUUAUAAACCUACCGCAAACCAAUUUAUUCCACAAGCUGUUAAUCUCGCCGAUGCUUUUAAAGAAUUUCAGAAUGCCGUUUUCGUUCAUUAUUUUUGUGAUCAUAUGAAGGAAAAGUUUUUAAAAUAUUAUGCGCAUAUUCCCCAUAUUUAUGGUAUUGCAUUUAUUCUCGAUCCUCGUUAUAGACUUGCUAAUUUGGAAGAUUGUUUCAACUUCUAUUAUCUUGCCUUUUUCGGUGAAUUUCCAAUGUAUGACGAUAACCCCAUAUAUCCGAAAACGGAAUACAACGAGGUUAGUACUUUAUUUUAUGCCUUAUUUAAUGAGUUUCGUGCACAAUAUAGCAACGCUCCCCCUCCCCCGUCACGAACAUCUUCAUCUAAAGGAAAAUCGAUUUUUAAAUCUGCAUUUGGCAAUCUUAUGAAAAAAACUAAAACAACUCACGUCACUGAACAAAGCGCAUUGAAUGAGAUUACUUUGUAUUUAACAUAUGAAGUUGAUUUUGAAGAAAAUGAUGACUUUGACGUUCUAGACUGGUGGAAGUCAAAAGAAAGAACGUUCCCGAUUUUAGCACGGAUGGCUAAGCAAGUACUAUCAAUGCCGGUUUCAACAGUUGCUGUGGAACAAGAAUUCAGUUCGGCCGGCAACGUCCUAACGGCAUCUAGAUCGAGAUUGAGUGCGGAGUCUCUUGAGACGCUUAUAUGCAGGGGCGGAACUAUACUAUGGCUUGGGGGUGCUUGUGCCCCUGCAGUCUUUUCAAUUUUCUUGUAUUAUAUACAUAGUAUAAUAUAUAAAUAUGUAAUAUACCCAAAUUCAGCCCCUGCAUCCCAAUCACCAGUAACCCAUUUCAAGGUUUAAAAAUGGCCUAGGUGCCUAGGGCCACAACCCACACACGUAACCUCUUGCCUUCUUGUAACUUUUGGCCUUUUGCCCAGCCAAGCAAGUGACGCAACAAGUCACUCCAUCAACGGCCAACAAAUAUUAUCAAGGAACUAAAGGAAGCAAUUAUGUAAGCUGUCGUCUGACCCGCCGUCUAGAGUUUAUUGACUUUAUUCAAAUUUUUUUGGAUGAAUAUUGACUUUAUUCAUUAAUAAUCUAAAUUUAUAAAUUGUAUUGUAAUUGUGGGUUUAUUGAUUUAGUUUCUUAUAUGCUAUUUUUAGUUUUUACAAUCAUAAACGUAUUAUUUUAAUUAUAGUAUUUUUUAGGUUGUUUGACAAAGAAUUUGGAUGAAGCGAUAUUAUAUACUGAUUCCAAUGAAGUAUAGUACUACCUCCGUCCCUUUUAUAUUGGGACGGAAGAGAGUGACAUGAUUAUUAAGAAAAGUGGGGUUGUAUGGUUGAUAUUAAUUGAUAAAGAAAUAAUAAAGUAAGAAUGAUUUAGAGCAACACAAAUUUUACCAAAUAUGGUAUGCGAGAAUUUUAGUGAGAUAUCCCGAAAAGCUAAAACGGGAUAAUAUAAGGGGGGCGGAGGGAGUAUUUCAGAAUUCAGAGUAUGCAACUCAAAGACAAAGGUCCCCCCAUUUAUUCUUUUUCAUUUGACGGAUGAGUUGCUAAUCAAAAUUAAGAUAUUACUUAACUAGUUAUUUUAUUUAGAUUUUAAUAUUUUAUUUAUUACUAUAUUGAUGAUAUAUGUUAUGUAUGAUUUAUGUGCCCCUCCAAAGUCUCUGGGCUGGUUCCGCCACUGCUUAUAUGCUACCACGAUUGGUUGAAGGCCGCACGUAGAACUCAAAAAUUGAGCAUCACCCCCUCCCAAGAUUUUAUGGAUGACUCAACAACCGAUGGUGGCUCUACCUAUGCCGGAGAUUCCGAUUGAUUAGUAUUUUAGAAUUUAUUACAAAAUGUAUUUUAUAGCACUUGUCAAAUUUAUUUAUACUUGUACUUCAUAUUUCAAAAUUGU